AAGUCAUAUCUGCUGCUAACGAUUUUUUGGAUAUCAGAUACAAUAAUUGGUAGGCUUUUGUCAAUUCAAAAAGAAAUUAAAAAAACAGAAGCCCCAAAAAGAAAAAUGAAAACUUUCCUCCCUUCAGUUCUGAUUUUGCUCCAAUUCGAUUGUAGCCAAGCUAUUAUACAUGAUAUCCGAAUGAAAUUCUUCCUCCCUCCACAACCCAACCCAAAACGCAAAUCCCAAAUUAUGCAGAAAUCAAUGCGAUUUAUGGGUUGGGCAGAUUUUCGUUCGGGCUUAAAAACUAUGCGCAGUGCAGAAUCCUGUCCCGGCCUGCUUCCAAAUAUUUUUCAGAAGGGGACUAUUUAUGGAAAAUACGCCUAAUUUCUACAAUGAACUCAGGGAAGGAAGAAGGAAAAAGGGAGGGUUUUUGGAGGCUUUUGAUUUGUGAAGCUUUUGUUUGAUUCAGAAUGUCUGGAGAAGAGGAAGAAAAUGCCGCUGAGCUCAAAAUCGGAGAUGAGUUUUUGAAGGCCAAGUGCUUAAUGAAUUGUGAAGUAGCAUUAAUUCUUGAUCAUAAAUAUGAGCAGCUUCAGCAAAUGUCUGAUGAUCCAAUGAACCAAAUCUCUCAGGUAUUUGAGAAAUCACUACAGUAUGUGAAGCGCUUUAGCCGUUAUAAAAAUCCUGAUGCUGUCAGACAAGUUCGAGAAAUUCUUAGCCGAUACCAGUUGGCUGAAUUCGAGCUAUGUGUUCUUGGCAACCUUUGCCCUGAAACUGUGGAGGAAGCUAUUGCCAUGGUGCCUUCUAUCAAGACAAAAGGAAGGGCUCAUGAUGAUGAGGCAAUUGAGAAAAUGUUGAACGACCUGUCAUUGAUCAAGAAAUUCGAAUAGUGGAAGCAAAAUCUUCUGUUGAUAUCAGUUUUAAAUGGGAUUUCAUGUUGUGAUCAUACCAAUUAAUACAUUCACUUGUGUGGCUAUGGAAAUGUUGAUUUAUAAUACUACUUUGAUAUAACUGCAACAUGAGAAUAUGGAUGACAUGCUAGUUUUAGACUUGGUGCCAA